CGCAGCUAAAGCUCUGUUCGCUCGUUUGGGAGUCAGGUCCGAGAUCCUGAAACUUGCUGGAUAGAUCUAUCAACGCCUCUCCUUUACUUCUCUCGUACUGUUUCUUCAGUGUUUUGAUUGCAUUUGUUAGCUCGAAGAUCUUUUAAUUGUCGUUUUUUUUCCCAUUCAUUUUGGGAAAUUAUGAUGUAUUGGAUCUGUUCGGACUUGCAGAAGUGGAAAUCGACCUGAUAGAUUCGAUUGGCGCGGUCUGAAUUGAGCCUGACCUGACUGAGAUCAUCGCCAUUGGAAGAGAAAGCUAUUGGUGAUAGAUAUGGCUGCUGGUGGUUUUGUUACUCGGGCUUUCGAGUCUAUGCUUAAAGAAUGUUCUGGCGGCAAGAAGUACCCGGCCCUUCAGAAAGCUAUCCAGGCAUUUCUAGAUAGUACGAAGGAGGUCAAUCAGAGUCAACAUUCCACGCCUGUGGAGACAAUCCAACCGGAAACUUCAGCUGAAGAUACCAGUGAAACUGGAGGUGAAGCAGAUGAGUCUCCGACAGCACAUACGACACAGGAGGCUGAGAACGAGGGCAGUAAAGUUGCUCCACGUGAACAUAUAUCAAUUGUGUUAGCGAAUGCUGGCCAUGUCUUGCAAGGAGCUGAUGCAGAGAUUGUUUUGAAUCCACUUCGCCUUGCGUUUGACACAAAGAAUUUGAAAGUCCUAGAACUUGCUUUGGAUUGUCUUCAUAAACUCAUUGCUUACAAUCAUUUAGAAGGUGAUCCUGGUUUAGAAGGUGGUAAAAAUGUCCCUCUUUUCACUGACAUUUUGAACAUGAUUUGCGGUUGUAUUGACAAUUCAUCACCUGAUAGUACAAUUUUGCAAGUUUUGAAGGUUCUUCUUACUGCAGUUGCAUCUGCAAAGUUCAGAGUACAUGGGGAGCCUUUGUUAGGAGUAAUAAGGGUUUGCUACAACAUUGCUCUCAAUAGCAAAAGUCCCAUAAAUCAAGCUACUUCAAAGGCAAUGUUGACUCAGAUGAUCAGCAUAAUAUUUAGGAGAAUGGAAACUGACCAGGUUAGUUUAUCUACUUCCACUGGGACAAAAGAAUCCAUCUCAGCUGAAAUAUCUGGGACAAAAGAAUCCAUCUCAGCAGAAAUUUCUGAGACAAAAGAAUCCAUCUCAGCAGAAAUUUCCAGUGGGGUAGAUGAAGAAAAUACUGUGAGUGAUGAAAAUGGCAAUGAGACUACUCUAGGAGAUGCACUUAAUUCAGUUAAAGACACAUCCCUUGCAUCAGUAGAGGAACUUCAAAACCUUGCAGGUGGUGCUGAUAUUAAGGGUUUAGAGGCCGUGCUUGACAAAGCUGUUCAUAUUGAAGAUGGUAAAAAGAUGUCACGAGGGAUUGAUCUGGAGAGUGUGAACAUUGUUCAACGUGAUGCUCUACUGGUAUUUCGCACCCUUUGCAAGAUGGGAAUGAAGGAGGACACUGAUGAGGUCACCACCAAGACUCGCAUUUUGUCUCUUGAGCUUCUGCAGGGUUUAUUAGAAGGGGUUAGUCAGACAUUUACAAAAGACUUCCAUUUUAUUGACUCCGUGAAGGCGUAUCUUUCAUAUGCUUUAUUGCGAGCUUCUGUUUCUCAAUCUCCUGUAAUAUUUCAGUAUGCAACUGGAAUUUUCUCUGUGCUUUUGUUGCGAUUCAGGGAUAGUCUUAAAGGUGAAAUUGGCAUCUUCUUUCCCCUGAUAGUUCUGAGAUCAUUGGAUGGAACAGAUUUUCCGGUUAAUCAAAAAUUAAGUGUUCUGAAGAUGCUUGAGAAAAUAUGUAGGGAACCCCAAAUCCUUGUUGACAUAUUUGUCAACUAUGACUGUGAUCUUGAGGCUCCUAAUUUGUUUGAACGCACGGUAACCACUUUAUCUAGAAUUUCUCAAGGCACCCAAAAUGCUGAUCCAAAUUUGGCCGCCGUAUCCCAGACAACUUCAAUUAAAGGAUCAUCACUUCAAUGUCUUGUGAAUGUGCUCAAAUCAUUAGUUGACUGGGAGAAGUCACGUCUUCAUUCAGAAAAGCAGAGUUUAAGCAUUCAUUCGUCAGAAGAAGAGCCUUCAGGCAAUGAACAUCUUGAGAUCAAGAGCAGGGAAGAUGUGACGGGAAAUUUUGAGAAGGCAAAAGCUCACAAGUCCACGGUGGAAGCUGUCAUUUCUGAGUUCAAUAGGAAACCAUUAAAGGGUGUUGAAUAUCUGAUUGCAAAUAAGUUGGUGGCGAAUACACCAUCUUCAGUUGCCCAGUUUCUUCAAAAUACUCCUAGUUUGGACAAGACUAUGAUUGGUGAAUAUCUGGGUCAGCAUGAAGAGUUUCCUAUCGCAGUCAUGCAUGCAUAUGUAGAUUGCAUGAAAUUUUCAGGCAUGAAGUUUGAUGCUGCCAUUCGUGAAUUUCUCAAAGGUUUUCGACUUCCUGGGGAAGCUCAAAAAAUAGAUCGCAUCAUGGAAAAAUUUGCUGAACGAUAUUGUGCUGACAACCCAGGCCUUUUCAAGAAUGCAGACACUGCAUAUGUUCUAGCUUAUGCAGUGAUCAUGUUGAACACUGAUGCUCAUAACCCUAUGGUGUGGCCUAAGAUGUCGAAGCCUGAUUUUGUUCGUAUGAAUGUCACGAAUGAUCCAGAAGAUUGUGCCCCUACAGAACUCCUGGAAGAGAUAUAUGACUCUAUAGUUAAGGAAGAGAUCAAAAUGAAAGAUGACACCAGUGACAAAGCAAAAAGCCGCAGAGAGGGUGAAGAGAGGGGAGGCCUUGUGAGUAUUCUUAACUUGGCUCUUCCAAAAAGAAAGUCCUCUACUGAUGCCAAAUCUGAGAGUGAGGCUAUUAUUAAGCAAACGCAAGUUAUAUUCCGCAAUCAAGGAGCAAAAAGAGGAGUUUUUUAUACCUCGAAGAGAAUUGAACUUGUAAGGCCUAUGGUUGAGGCUGUAGGAUGGCCUUUACUUGCUACUUUUUCUGUUACUAUGGAGGAAGGUGAUAAUAAACCUAGGGUUGUUCUUUGUAUGGAAGGGUUUAGAGCUGGUAUACAUAUUACCUAUGUUCUUGGAAUGGAUACCAUGCGCUAUGCAUUUCUUACAUCUCUCGUCAGGUUUACUUUCUUGCAUGCGCCGAAGGAGAUGCGUAGUAAAAAUGUAGAAGCCUUACGCACGCUAUUAGAUCUGUGUGAUUUAGAGACAGAAUCCCUUCAAGACACUUGGAAUGCAGUUUUAGAGUGUGCAUCUCGUCUUGAAUUCAUCACGUCAACUCCUUCCAUUGCAGCAACUGUCAUGUAUGGAUCAAAUCAAAUCUCCAGAGAUGCUGUUGUUCAAUCCCUAAGAGAGUUGGCUGGGAAGCCUGCAGAUCAAGUAUUUGUGAACAGUGUCAGACUUCCCAGUGACUCUGUUGUGGAGUUUUUCACUGCUCUAUGCGGUGUCUCUGCUGAAGAACUGAAACAAACUCCUGCACGUGUUUUCAGCUUGCAAAAGCUUGUUGAGAUAAGCUAUUAUAAUAUGGCUCGUAUACGAUUGGUUUGGGCUAGGAUAUGGUCUGUCUUGUCAAAUCACUUUAUUGCUGCCGGGAGCCAUCACGAUGAGAAGAUUUCAAUGUAUGCUAUAGAUUCUCUGAGGCAGCUUGGUAUGAAGUACUUGGAGAGAGCUGAACUUGCCAACUUCACAUUCCAAAAUGACAUACUUAAGCCAUUUGUUAUUCUCAUGCGGAACAGUCAAAGUGAAUCUAUAAGGAGCCUCAUUGUUGACUGUAUAGUUCAAAUGAUAAAAUCAAAAGUUGGUAACAUAAAGUCUGGAUGGCGAAGUGUCUUUAUGAUUUUCACAGCUUCUGCUGAUGAUGAAUCUGAGACAAUUGUUGAAAGUGCCUUUGAAAAUGUUGAACAGGUUAUAUUGGAGCACUUCGAUCAGGUAGUUGGGGAUUGUUUUAUGGACUGUGUCAACUGUCUUAUAAGGUUUGCCAAUAACAAAAGUUUCCAUCGUAUAAGUUUGAAAGCUAUUGCACUCCUACGUAUAUGUGAGGAUCGAUUGGCAGAGGGCCUUAUACCUGGUGGCGCUUUGAAGCCGAUCCACGAUAGUACUGAUCCAGCAUUUGAUAUGACUGAGCACUAUUGGUUCCCAAUGCUUGCUGGGUUGUCAGAUUUGACGUCAGACCCAAGACCAGAGGUCAGAAGUUGUGCACUGGAAGUUUUGUUUGACUUGCUCAACGAGAGAGGUGCCAAGUUCUCAACGUCGUUUUGGGAGAACAUUUUUCAUCAUGUCUUGUUUCCAAUUUUCCAUCAUUUGAGACAUGUUGGGAAGGAAAGCUUGAACUCUAGCGGUGACGAGUGGCUUCGCGAAACAAGUAUUCACUCGAUUCAAUUGCUUUGCAAUCUCUUCAAUACAUUUUACAAGGAGGUGUGCUUUAUGCUACCACCACUGUUGAGUUUGCUAUUAGAUUGUGCAAAGCAGCCGGAACAAUCGGUGGUUUCAUUGGCUUUGGGUGCUCUGGUGCACCUAAUUGAAGUUGGUGGACACCAAUUUAGCGAGGAUGACUGGGACACGUUAUUAAAAAGUAUAAGAGAUGCUUCAUACACAACACAACCACUUGAAUUACUAAAUGCUUUGGGUUUUGAGAACCCAAGCCAUGAUGAGGUGAAUAUUGUUGGUGGUACUUCCUUGAAGUCGGUUAGUCCGCGAGAAGCAAAGAACCUUCAUUUUGAUGUCAGUGACCACAGAAAGGUAUCUCCACUACCAUCACCAAGGGUUGCAGAAAUCAAUACUCGGAAUACCAUCAACGAGUCUGGGAUACAGAUUACCUCGGAUGAGUCUGCUGAAGGCCUUCCAUCACCGUCAACAAGAGCUGCUGAAGCUGGAAGUCUACAGCGGAGUCAAACAAUAGGCCAAAGGAUUAUGGGCAAUAUGAUGGACAAUAUUUUUGUUAGGAGUCUUACCUCAAAAUCUAAGGGAGUUGCAUCAGAUGCCUCUGUGCCAUCUUCUCCAAUAAAGCUUCCUCCUGACACUGUGGAUCCUGAGGUGAAAGAUGACGAGGAAAUUCCUCUAUUGGGGAUUGUUCGGGGCAAGUGCGUUACGCAACUAUUACUUCUCGGUGUCAUUGACGGAAUUCAGAAAAAAUAUUGGGUCAAGCUGAAUACACCACAAAAGAUAGCCAUUAUGGACAUUUUGUUAUCUUUGCUGGAAUUUUCUGCUACAUAUAACUCAUACAACAAUCUCAGACAGCGCAUGCAUCACAUUCCUAAUGAGAGGCCUCCACUGAAUCUUCUGCGUCAGGAGUUAGCUGGAACUUCAAUUUAUCUCGACAUCUUACUUAAAGCAACUUCAGGAAUCAAUACAAUUGAAGCAGGACAAGAGAAAACGGUCGAUAAACUGGAGGUUAAGACUGAAUCAGCCAACGGCGGUUUAACUUCCGCCCCAGAUUCUAGUGCAGUAAACGAUGUAGACGGAGUAGCUGAAAGCAGGCUAGUAUCGUUCUGCGAACACGCUCUUAGGGAGGCAUCGGACCUGCAAUCCUCUGUAGGGGAAGCCACGCACAUGGAUGUUCAUCAAGUUUUGGAGUUACGUUCUCCCGUGAUUGUUAAGGUUAUCAAGGGCAUGUGCUUUAUGAACAGUCAGAUAUUCAGAAGACACCUGAGAGAGUUUUAUCCUUUGCUUACAAAACUUGUCUGCUGUGACCAGAUCGAUAUUCGUGGAGCUCUUGGUGAACUCUUCAAGAUACAAUUGAAAGCACUUGUGCCAUAAUUUCAAAACAUCAUUUGUUCUCAAAUCUCUCAAGAGAAGUGCUCUGUUUAAGCAUUCUUACAUAGAACCAAGCUUGCACCUAUAUCCGCCAUAUAUUUCAUGUUCCUCAAAGUUUGAGUUCUAGUAAGAACUGCAAGAAGAGGGUUAAAGUAGAAGUUAACCACUGUAAAAGGAGGCAAACAGCAACAUAUUUUAACGUGGAUGAAGGGAAAUUGUACUGCCUCCCUGGUUUUACUGCGUGGUUAAAUUAGUUGAGAUUUGAAUUGAUUACUUGAUUAUUAAAGCAUUGAUUUUAGUGACUUGUAAUUAUUCAUAUUAUUACUCGUCUAAUUUGAGUGCAAAGCUUUUGUUAGGUAUCAA